GAGAAAUCAGCUGCUGGCAUCGAUCCCCUUUCAAUAUCUCUCUAUCAGAUGGACUUGGAUAGAGCCCAGUUUUUACUUAGAUCAUACCUCCGAGUUCGCAUUCAGAAGAUUGAAAAGUUCGUGUUCCACAUUGCGAAAACUGAUGAACUGUGGAACAAGCUAUCUAAAGAAGAGAAAAAUUUCGCUAGAAGGUGUACUGAAGAUCUAAAACAGCACUUGGAGGAUAGUGUUCUAUCAAAGCUGCCAGAAAAUUAUCAAUCUUUCCAGAAGCAAUCUGUAAUAAGCGAAGAGGAUGACAUGAUCAUGAGGAGAAUUUCUUGGGAUAUAUUUGCUUUGCCACAGAAGUCUGUAUAUCGGAUAUGGUGGAAUUGGAUUCUUGCCGUUGAGAAUAAUAUUCAUAUCCCAGAAGCAAAGAAUAUCUCACAGGCAUCCAGCUUGAGGAUGGACCAGUGGAUGACAGGUCGAUGCUGUUUGAGAUGGAGCCAGGUGUGCUCUACUUCAUAUGUUACAAGUCUAUAAAGGCACUUGUGGAGAGCGGCAAAAUUGAUCUUCUCUGAUAAUUUUAUGCUCUGCGAGAUUUAUUUUAUACUGAGAUGCUUCCUGUUACUACAGAUGCCCACAUAAUACCAAAGUUUGUUAAAGCUUCAUUUUAUGUGGUCAUGUUCCUGCUCUUUAUAUGAAUGUAGGAGUAUGUGGGAUCCUUAUUGGGAUGUAUGUAUUCAUGCAUUAUUUACCAAGACCUAAAUCUUAGUCAAGAAAUAGAAUGUAAAAUUUCAAUCAUUCUUGCUAUUGAAUUUGAUCGUUAUUUUGAUUUAAUUUUAUUGCUGUUGGAAUGUGAAA